AACGAAACGUUAUUCUGAAUACACUCGGCUCGUAAAUUUACAGACUUGUAAUUGCAAAAGAAAAUAUUUGUGAAGGGCUUCAGGAAUAUGCGUUCCGAACUUAUAUUUGCCGUCUUUCUCGUUCAAUCAUUCGGCUUCGUCGUUGCAGAUUUUGAAGAUUCCGAAGAUUGGCGUCGUAUGGUUGCCACACCGGUGACCCCGGAUGUUUGUAAGAAGGACAUUUUGUUGGUUGUGGACACAUCAAACUCCGUUGGCCAACACCAUUUUGAAAACGACGUGAAACCCUUUUUGAUAUAAUUGAUAGGAAGCUUAAAGCUGAAUGUCUCUCCUGACGGAACACGAUUGGCGCUGCUUACGUUUAGCAACCAGCAAAAUACGAAGAUGAGGUUUUAUUUCGCGGCAAGAACUGUCAAAGAGUAUGAAAUCCUCGUAAAUGAUUUGAAAUGGAACGACGUUGCAGGCGACAGAACAUUGACAGGCGAUGGAUUAAACAUUGCUGACACGCAGGUGUUUCCACUACACAGUCCGCUGAAUGUAAGGCCAAACGUCCCAGAUGUCGUGGUGAUUUUGACAGAUGGUGAACCUCGUGGAAGGAAAAGAGGAAGACAACUUCAAAUGGCACUCCAUCACUCAAGCUCGAUGAAAAACAGAAGCAUUUUAAUUAUUGGUAUCGCUGUUGGUCAACCGGCGAUAAGGAAGAAGUUUUCUCAUAUAUUAUUGCAAUUGGUUACCUCGAAUAAGACAAAGUUCGACACUGAUUUCAUCGAUCUCGAUAAAAUACUGGACCAGUUGGUUGACGUGUCGUGCACACCUUUUAAACCAGGUGAUUGUGUCUGCCCAACCAUCCAGUCAGUGGACUUGUAUAUCAAGCCCUCAAAAACUACGAGAGAAGUUAGUUGGGUACAGCCUAACCUUAAGUGCAAAAAUGGCAGGAUUCCAAAGUUCGUCAACACGACUGUCAGUCCAAAUAUCGUGUCCCCGCAUAACUUCCCAGCUGGAAAUCACGACAUUGUCUAUACCUACACGUUCAAGGGAGGAUUUGCUCUAAAAUGUUUUGUCAAAAUCUCUGUGAAAUCUUGUAAAUGCCAAUCCCUUCCGCCCGUCAUCGCUUAUGCUCCCAGAGGCGGAUCAGUCCCCGUUCAUUGGGUAGCACCAGUCCCCAGCUGCGGCUACACUCUUACGGCCACCCAUCCAAAUACACCUUCUGGAUCCACUUUCAACAUCGGAACUCACACCGUGAACUAUGUGUACUCCACCGUGGCUGGUUUUAUUCUCACCUGCGGGAUUAACAUUGAUGUGCGAGAGUGUUUCUGUAAGAAUACCAAUGUUGAUAUAUACGUGCAUCCAGAAAAGAGAACACGAAUCGUUAACUGGGAGGAGCCAAAACCGAACUGUCCUGGGUUGAGGAUCGUGCGUACCAAAGUAGAGCCGGCCAUGACGCCUGGGGCGAGCCUCGGCAUUGGGAGACACUUGAUAAAGUAUUCGUACGUCAUGAGCAACGGAGUGAGCCUGCAAUGUUCAGCUUCUGUUAUGAUAAAAGUCAUUCCAUGUCAAGGGCAAGACUACAAUCCAGCUACGCAGUUGUGCUGUUGUGGUAAACUGCAUAUUCUCAAAGUAGGAUUCAAAUGUUGUGGAAGACGCCGGUAUGACUCCAAGACGACGAAGUGUUGUCCAGUAGGCUUCAACAUUGUUAAAAAUAAUGAAACAUGCCCGGAAGCAAAGUAACUUCUCAUUUCUCCCUGAAAACGGCAAAUUUUAUGUUAAACAAUUUAGUAUACAAAUGAUUAGCGAAUAAGCAAUACAUGAUUAAAUGAAAUGAUUGAUUAACUCAAUAUAAAG